AACAAGCCCCACGGCCACGUUAUUUUCCAUGAUAUAACAGUGUAAGGGGCCUCGAUAACGAGUAUACUAAUAUAGCCGUCAUCCGAGCCCCACACACGUGCGAAUGCUGGGACAAGCGCAUUGGACGGGGCCUGUGUCGCGACUAUCUUAGAAUGCAAGCUUAAUAUAUACUCGUGAUAUAGGCCCCGCUCUUGUGUUGGAGUGACUGAAGUGCCGUAGUGCGGGGCCUAUAUAACGGUUAUAGUACUAUACUCGUGAAACAGGCCCCGCGAACGGACAUUCUGAGCCAUUCAACACAGCAGCGGGGCCUAUAUCACGAGUAUAUAUAGUGAGCUGAAGUUAGCAACCUAGAUAUUGAGGGCUGCUCCGAUCUUCAGAGAUGUCUUCAGAAGGAGGAGGAAGAAAGCGCAAAAGGAGACGAAGAAGAAAUAAACCAACAGCAUGCAAAGACACUUGUGAAAAUGCAGAUGAAGAUCUAAUUCAACUUGGAUGUCAAGAGCAAGAGGACUCUCCAGGAACCUCACUUGAAGGCAAUCCAGGGUCAUUGACUGACAAGCCCAGCAGAGAUCAAUCAUCAAGAGACUUAUCAUCUUCCUCCAAAUUUCCAUCUUAUUCCAAGAGAAAAGGCAAAAUCAGAUUAAAAGGCAAAAGCAGUUGCAGGGAUGCAGAUGACAAUGUCAGCCAACCCAAAUCUCGGCAACAUGAAGAUUCUCUAACAACUUCUGCCACAGUGUCAUCAACUCCCAACCUCGGCACCGAUCAGCAGCCAUCAAGAGACUUACCCUCUUCAAACUGGCCUUCGUUUUCCAAGAAGAGAAAGAAAGGCAGGUCAAGAAAAGCCUCACAACCUGCCAACUCUCAACCUGAUUCAAGAAUCAUUAUCAAUAAUUCACAAAUGACUUUGGAGAUGUUGCAUCUGUGCCAUGUUGCCACAACCUCAACUUCUGGGACGAGUCGUAGUCCAGACAAUGGAAGCGUUCGGGCAGAUAACCCAAAUAUUAAAAAGAAAGUGGCAAAGAUACCAGGGUUCUACUACGAUGAAGAGAAGAAGAGAUACUUCCGCAUUCUUCCUGGCCACAGCGGUGGUAACGUCGUGACUACAGAGACCAUUCGUCAGAAAGCAGCCGAGAAGAAACGUCAAUGUUACUUUGAUAAAAGAUGUUUAUUUGAGCGAGCCUUACAUGUACAAAAGUUGCCAACUACUAAAGUGGUGAAAUCUCUAGUUCAACUGCAGGAGAACAGAAGGAGAGGGAAUUGUAGAUCUUCUUACUUCAAGAGAGUGGCUCACGAGACUGCUGUAAGGCAGAUGGAGAUAAAACCAAGCAGUCAGGUGUCUCCUUUUCCUGACCAGUAUUUCAGUGGUUCAUCGGGAUACAUCAGUAAAUUUGAGUUGGAUAGCAGGCAGAAGCAUGUUCUCAUGGUGUUUUCUGACGACUAUUUAAGCAGAUUGUGGCAGGGUGAGGUGGUGCGCAGGAGAAGUCCAGAGACCGGUCAAGAAGAAGUGACCAUCGCCAAAUGGUCAAAGGUCAACAUCUUGAACACACAGAACGUCUCAAAGAUUUCUCAUGCAAGCUGGGCUCAAGUAAGGGAAGGAGAAAACAUGUAUGCACUAUAUGCUUUAUCUGGUGGAUCGUCAAACAUAGUUCAACUUGUCAAGUGUCCAACAGAUGAAGGUGGUCUUGCACAUAUAAGUUACAGCUAUAAAUGUAUCUCCAAAUCUGCAUGGACAUGUGCCUGGAGUAAUAGCACUACCCUUCCUGCUCAUCUAGCUAUAGGUUCUGAUAAGAAGGCACUAGUAAUUGACACCCUUUCAUCAAGGGAACAGUCUGUUUAUACAGGUCGAAGUGAUGUCUUUGCUCAAGCAUUUUCCAGAAAGAGUCCUAUUCUGUAUAAUGGAACCCGUUCUGGUGAGGUUCUUGGGGCUGAUCUGAGACUACCAUCUGAUCGCCAUGGUAACAUGACAACUCAGCUGAAGCAUUGGGUCUCUGUAUGUAGCCUUAAACUACUCAAAGAUGAAAACUAUGUCCUGGUCCGUAGUAUUGGCGCAGAGAUCAAACUUUGGGACCUCAGGAAGCAGAGUUCAAUCGUGCAAGAGUUCGAUGGUCACGGCAAUGGGAGCCACCAUCUUCCCGUCAAGCUGGACUCUACAGAGACCAUCGUGUAUGCAGUUGGUGAGGAUAAAUACACCCGGGUCUGGAGCCUGAAAUCCGGUGACCGUCUCCACACCAUACCCUGUCCAUCGGCCUGCCAAAGGGACAGCACCCCCGUGGCCAUCUACUCCCAAGAGUUCAGUUGCCAUGCCCAACCGGGCUUCUUCCUCGGUCAGGAGAGGCAGAUACAUUGGUAUCCAAUGAGGACUCCAGAAUCCCUUAUUACCGAGAUCGGAUGAAGGAGCGAUGGAGGAGGAGCUUAAUGGUCUAGUGGUUCUGCCGACUCUUGCCUUUCAAUCAGAGGGUCGUGGGUUCCAAUCCCAGCCAUGGAGUUAAGUUCCUUCAAUUAGGGAUUUAUCCACCACACUCUGCCGCACACGACCCAGGUGAGGUAAAUGUGGAUACCUUGCAGGAAGUAGUCAUUCUUGCCUGUAUGCCUAUGCACCUUGAAGGUAGCCAGCUACGGGCAGGGUAAUAAUGACAAUUAAGUGCCUUGAGAACUCUAAAGAGUGGAUAUGAUUACUUUAUAGUUUGCAUUAUUAUAAUGAUCAUGAUUUCAGAGUGCAAGACUGUUCUUCUUUUUGAUUUUCCUAUGUUUUCCUGACAGCCUUUUUCCUUUGGUAAUAAGCCAGUAUAAUCUGCACAUGGACAGUAAAUGUCCUAUGAACCAAAAACCCAUCAAGAAAAUGCAGACUAUUCUAUGGAA